AUGUGUUUGCCAGACCCUUACGAGGAGAAAUUUGCACGAAGCGGAAUUUCUAAUGACACCCUUAUUCAAACAAACACAACGAUAAAUGAAACAACAACUUUUCCCGCCAAUUCCACUUUGAUCCCCGAAACCACUACUGCUCCGACUGUAGUUCCUCCACAAGAAUGGUACUGCGACGACUUAGGUUACAACACUUGCAUCCGCCUCAUGCACACAAAGAAGAAAAAUUUUUUCGCAGGACUGGACUGUGCACGGCAAGAAUCACAGCUUUUGAGAAUUUAUGACGAGCGAUAUUUGGAUUUUAUUCUCGAUAUUCGGGAGAAAGUCGGCGCUGGGGAUGAGAAAAAGAUAGAGGAGCUUUCAGAAAUGUGGGUUUUUUACCAUGAUAUGACAGAAGAAGUGAAUAUUGACGAAAAUGGAGACAUAAAGGCAAUGGAUCAGUGGGUUAAACCCUUAACUCCAGAAUUCUUUCAAAAACUCAGCGCCGGGAGAAAAAAACGUGGUGCCUCGGAAGCAGUUCCUUUUGGAAGCUUGAAUUAUGACGAGCGAUUUGAAACUUGGGACGAUCUUGAAGGCAACUGGGCAGAAGACCAGCCGAAUAAUAACGGAAAUCAGGACUGUGUGUACCUUGAUGCUGAUGGAAAAUACAACGAUUUCUGGUGCGAUACGAAGGAGUUACUGUAUUUUUGCCAGAAACGACCGGGGGACUUUCAUCACAUCUAUCACCAGAAAUUCCCAGACGCAUUCGAUGUCGAAGUCCUGAACAACAUGAAAUAUUGCAACGAAAAAACCUGCAAAUUCUUCGCCAAAGGAAACGACACGAACAACGCUAGAACAGGCGAAUUCAAAGACGCCGAAAGCUGGCUCAACUUCGAGCCUCUGAACGAGAUCAUCUCGCGACCGUAUUACUUCAAACUCGCGUAUGGCAGUGGCGAUUUCAUCACGUGGUCGCAGCUUCAAAAUCCGCUGGAAAUCGAGGACGAUGCAGAAAUCACGCCGUCGGAUUUGACGUUUUACCCGAAAAACGGAGUCCAGGAGUUCGGGAAAGGCUUCAGAACUUGCGACGGGAUCUUUUUCUCUGGCCUCCGAAGAAGUUCAAAAGAAGGCGUGUUUCUCGACGGGACGGAGGGCGAAAAGAGUUUCUACCAAAUAGGAAUGGAUAAAGAAGCGAUUAUUCUAGACCCGAUGACGACAAGGCCGCUCGGUUUUGCUCACGUGUUCACUUUUCCGAUGCACGAGCCGAGGUACAUCAUCAACCCAGACGACGAAAUCGGGUACGAAGAAUGCUGGGAUCGGAAUAAAAUUAGAAAUGAGCUCAAAAGAGCCGGCGCUGCUACCGGUAGUCGAAAUUAUACCCGAUUCUCAAGAUUGUUCCGCCAUCCUGGUUACAGAAGCGACAUGAAUCCAAUUCAAAGCGUGGAUCUCUUUGUUAGCGAGUCUCCUUUUCCAAGUCAUGGUUCUCUUCAUUGCCACAGUCUUUUUUCUCUUUCAGAGCACUCAGUAUCGGUCGAUCAUGGGUACCAAUGCCUCAAGCCGAAACCAUUCACGACGCCAAAGUUCACUUCCUCAACUCUAGCGCCGAAGACGGAAGAAAUCGCAGAUCGAGUGGCCGAUGUUGUUUCUAAGAAAGCCUCAACUGCCUCUGCUGGAGGAGGGAUCGCGGGAGCAGCUGUUGGGACACUUGCCUUGCAGUUUUUGCCGAAGCUAUAUGAUCCCGCGAAGAAGCAAUUCAAGAAAGCUAAAGAUUGGCCAAGGGGUUCAUAA